GGACCUGGCAGUUGCUCCAACACAACUUCUCCUUUUAGACCCUGCUCGGUGCUCACCCUGCGCGGCCGACAAACCAAAAUGCCCGCGGGAUCUGCGUGGUGUCACCCCGCUUUGCUGUUGCUCCUCUGCUCCGCGCCCCUGUGGGCAGCCCAGAUUUCCUGCAGGAAUGAAGACGGGGAGGAAGUCGACUGGUUUGCUCUUUACAAGUUGCCGAAACAUACCAAAGGAGAGAUUCCUCUGGUGGGGCUGGAAUACAUGUACAUGGACACCCUGGCUCCCCAGUGGCAGCUCGGAAAAUACCUCAUCAACAUGACGGAGGGUGCUCUGGGACAAACACUGCAGCAGCUCUAUGAGACGUACGAAUCCAAGAGGGACACCGUCGCGUAUGCGAUAUACAACGAUGAGGUCCCUGCAUCAGACUCUGACGGGUGGAAAAGAGGACACACCAAAGGAUUCCUGCUCUUGGACAAAUCACAAGGCUUCUGGGUGAUUCACAGCGUGCCCCUGUUCCCUCCCAACCCUGAGGAUGGUUACGGGUAUCCAGCUUCUGGGGAGUCCUAUGGACAGACAGCCUUCUGUGUCACCUUCAAAUAUGACCAGUUCAUAGAACUAGACCAACAGAUGCUGAGUUAUAAUCCAGGAAUCUACAGCUGUUCCAUUCCUAACAUCUUCCAAGCUGACCUCCCAAACCUGCAGAAGCUCUGUGCAGGGUCCAGGCUGCCCUCCGUCCCCCUGCGCCACCUCUCCAAGCUCCAGUCAGCUCAUGGGGAAACCUUUCUCCACUUUGCAAAGUCACACCUGUUCAUAGAUGAUAUCUACGCGGCCUGGAUGGCUCAGGAGCUGAAGACCGAUUUGUUGGCUGAAUCCUGGCAGCAUUCCGGCCAAAAACUUCCCUCAAAUUGCUCUCUCGACUACCACGUCUACAACAUAAACCUCAUAGGGACGCCAUUGAAUUCCACUUUUCAUUCCAUUAAUGAUCAUUCCAAAUGGGCUGUUUCAAGGGAAUCCAAAGAUCAGUGGACCUGCAUUGGAGACCUAAACCGUGCUGCUGAGCAAGCUUGGAGAAGUGGUGGGUUCAUCUGCACACAGAACGAAGACAUCUACAAGGCCUUCAGGCAUUUGAUAACCCACUACGAAAGUUGCGCUGAGGCUUCCACAUUGAUAUAACGAACUGCUCCUCCCAAACAGCCCAGCCCAUGGAAAGUGUACAUAGGAAAGUGUAGGAAAUGUCUGCCUUAAACUAUAUUUUCACUCUGAGAAAUGGCCCUUUGAGUUGCCCGAUGUGUUAGACCUUCACUUUGUUAGCUGUAAGAGCGGGUGGUUUGCAGAUAAAUGAUGGCUGUUUUUCCCCGGGUGCUGGAGCAGCAGGCUCCGUGUGUGCCGAGCCGUGCUCCGUGUGUGCCGAGCCGUGCUCCAUGUGUGCCGAGCCGUGCUCCACUCUCUCCUCGGCUCCUCUCACCAUCCAUGCUGGGCUGGGCCGCUGCUGCCCAAAGCCACACCAAAGCACAUCGCUGUGAGCCCCAGGAAGCCUGUGAGCGAGGCUGGACGUGGGACAGGAGGAACAAGCCAAAGCUGUUUUGUUAGCUGGGCUGUUGGGGCUGGGCAGUUAGCAAGGGAAAAGCACCCCAAAACGCUUCCAAAUCUCUCCGCCUUCCAGGCGCUGUUGAGAUCAAUCACAGCGUUUCUGCUCAGUUUGGGCUGUAUCUCUUAAAGAGCUGACAUAAUCGGGUACAGGCAGGGAGACGAGUAGAUGUGUGGACGGGAAGGCUUAGUUUUUACGUGAUUGAUUUUUAGAGAAGAAAUGAGCUUUAAAUCGUUUGUAACCAAUAGCUUGGGAGUAUUUCUAGUGUUUUUAUUCAUGCGCAGCGAUCUUGUAAACAAAUAAACACAUCCAAAAUAUGAAGCAGCAAGAUAAAUUGAGAGUGAAAA